GAAUGUGAGGCAAAUUGUAAAGCGCUUUGGAUGGCCAUGUGGUCGGUUGAAAGCGCUAUAUAACUGCAGUCCAUUUACCAUUUAUGGCAUAUAGCUUGACCUCUGUAUGUGCUGCAUUUUUCUGCAGAAGCAUGAUUAAUGCAGACAUGUCACAGAACGAUGCGAUGCAUAAGGAAGACCUUGAGAAAUCAGGGGAAGCAUUGAUCGAGUUCAUCGAGAGCAGUAAGGCAGAGAGCAUUCUCCGAGGAGUGAGAGAGAAGCUGCAGCAGUUCUUUGACCACCAUGCCAAGACCAAGAAGACCACAGGCGAACUCUUAGAUGAUCUUGUACAUGCAGAGGAAGUGGUCGGUCAGAAGCUUCUGGAUUUAGAGCAGCGUAAGAGCCAUAUGGUGCAGGAGAUCGAGAGGACGGAGCUGGAAGUACUGCGGAGCUGCUCCAAAAGCCAAAUCCUGGACUCGGAGCAGGAAUUCUUGCUGAAAGAGCUGGAAAGACUCCGAGAUACUGAGCAAGAAAUUCAGACUCUGCAAGAGGAAGUGGAUGAGGAUACAAUCGAGGUCAUUCCUUCAGCCAUAUACAUCGCUCAGCUCUGCUUUAAAGUAACCAAGAUAAAGUUGGAGGUGGACACAGAGCCGCACAUCCUGAGAGGAGCUCACUACAGCACGGAUGUGGCCACCUCCAUUAACAUAGACACAUCCACCCGCUCGCCCUGCGAGAUCAGCGAUGACCUGUGGAGCCUGGUUAAUACUCAAUGGUAGACCAGGUGUUUGUUUUUAUCUGUAUGUGUCUUUAGAAUUGUUCAGUUAAUACAUUUGCCUCAGUUGUCCUCUUGACUCACACACCACAAGAUGUCACUGUGCGUUCACCAAAUUCCCCCUACAGCCUGGAAAUGCACUUUUUGCAUUACUAGAAUAGCAUUUUCUGAGUUUUGUUAUCACUUGUUUUCUGAUAAGAGGCUCACCUUCUGUUUCCGUGGAGCUGGGAAUUUCCUAUAAAAAUCCUAGGAAACAUUGUGAUGAAACGUAAUGAACUGUUCUUUUAAUAGUUAAUAAGUAAUAAUUUAUAGUGAAAUUUCUAUUACAAAGAAAAGUUAAUGAAAAGGACAUGCAGCAUAUUUAAAAAAAAAAGAUGGGGAUUGAUGCCUUGUAACCUUCAUUGACAUGAAAGUGAGUUUCUCUUUCGAUGUGAUCAGGUGUUUUGAUUUUUUCAUCCUGCUUGUUUUUGUGCUUCUUAAUAGUUGCAUUUACUUUAGAGGUUUUUUUUUUUUGUUUGUUUUUUUUUUUUGCUGUUGGACAAAAUCAAGUUUUUUGGGAUUUAUUGACAUGCCGCUAAAAAUGAAAAACUCUUGAACUGCAGCUAUGGGGAUAUGUUGGUGAUGUGAUGUAUGUUUAUUUUUAUAAGUUGUGUGUUUAUUUAGUUAGCUAAUUAAUAAAUCACUCAUCUCAUGUA